AUGGAUCCUGACACGAAGAUCAAGGCGUAUCGCCUUGUUGGCUAUGCAGCAGUGACAUUUUCAACACUUACUAUACUAACCGUUUGUAUAACACUACCAGUCGUCUAUAACUAUGUGCAUAGUGUUCGUCGUCAAAUGGAAGGUGAAAUGUUGGCAUGCCAGAAGAACGCCCGAACGCUGUGGGCUGAAGUGAACGCCCUGAAGGAUGUUCCUAUAAUGCCUAAUAGAACUGAACGUAUUCCGAGAGAAGUUUACGGUGAAAGUGACGUCGAAAUGACUAUCCUGACGCUCAUGACGCGCGCGAUCGCGGCUCUGCAAGAGCAGUUGCCGCCACGCGACCGCUCGCGCCCUUACCAACGCUGUAAACGAUGUAUUCAUUCAGUGUCAUCAUAUUCAGCCUCAGUGAGCUCAGCCUUUCAGGCGACCACCUUCGCAGAGAUGGAAACUUACAGUGUCAGCGGCUGCGACGAUUGCUGUCUCCCUGGAGCACAAGGUCCACAGGGUGCUCCAGGGAAGCCUGGGAAACCGGGUGCACCUGGAAAGCCUGGGUUCCCUGGGAAACCGGGUCGUCCCCCAACGCGACCAUGUGCACCGAUCACCCCACCACCGUGUCCUCCCUGUCCACAAGGCCCACCUGGCCCCAAUGGACCACCAGGACCACCAGGUAACGCUGGGAUGCCAGGUGAGCAGGGACCGAAAGGCUCCGAUGGACCUCCUGGCGAACCAGGACUCGAAGGACGAGCUGGCAUGAUAGGAAAUCCUGGCAAUACGGGGCCAGUUGGUACUCCUGGAGAGCCAGGAAUCAUUGAGCAAGAAAAGCCCGGACCACCUGGAGAACCGGGGAAACCAGGAAUGGAAGGUCCUCGAGGGCCAAUUGGACCCCCUGGUAAGGACGGAAAUCCGGGAACGCCGGGGAUGCCAGGGCCAACUGGACCACCAGGGCAGCCGGGUGACGACGGCCAGAAUGGGAUGCCCGGGCGAGCAGGCAUGCCCGGGAAGCCCGGAGAGAAAGGUAUCUGCCCGAAGUAUUGUGCCGAAGAUGGCGGAGUUUUCUUCGAGGAUGGCACAAGACGUUGA